AUGACCGAAUCGUGCUGCUCCCCUUGCUGCCAGCCUACGUGCUGCAGGACCACCUGCUGCAGGACCACCUGCUGCCAGCCCAGCUGCUGCGGGUGCGGCGGUGGCUGUGGACAAGGCGGCUGCGGGUCCAGCUGCUGUGGGUCCUGCUGCUGCCAGCCUUGCUGCUGCUGCCAGCCUUGCUGCUGCCGCCCAACUUGCUGCCAGACCACCUGCUGCAGGACCACCUGCUGCCGGCCCAGCUGCUGCGGCUGUGGACAAGGCGGCUGCGGGACCACCUGCUGCCGGCCCAGCUGCUGUGUGUCCAGCUGCUGUCAGCCCAGCUGCUGUGGGUCCAGCGGCUGCGGACAAACUUGCUGUGGCUCCAGCUGCUGUCAGCCAGCCUGCUGUACCCCUGUGUACUGCAGGAGGACCUGCUACCACCCCACCUGUUGCUGCUUGCCUGGAUGCCUCGCCCAGGGCUGUGGAUCCAGCUGCUGCUAG